CUAGUAUAUUCAAGUCCAGAUUGAGGAUAGGAGACAUCUGAUUCGAGAAAAUGUCGCUUUCCAAGCCGGCCAAUAUCAUUUAUAAUCUUCUUGGCGCAUAUUUACAGCGGCUUUAUGUCAGUCCCUUGAAAACAAAAGCUAUAACUAGUUGCAUUAUUGCAGCCCUUGGGAAUGUAGUAUCUCAGAAAUUAUCCGGCAGGCAGCUUAAUCAAGACAGUGUCCUGACCUUCGCACUGUUUGGCCUGUUCUUUGGAGGGCCACUGCCUCAUUACUUUUACACAUAUGUGCCAUUACUUGUGAAACAUCCUCUGGGAAUAUUAUUGAUAGAAAGACUCCUUUAUACGCCAUGUUAUCUGGCAUUUGCGCUCUAUAUGCUUGCUAUCUUCGAGGGUAAUUCCCACCGAGUAGCAAGUAUUCAGAUGCAGAAAUUAUAUUUGCCAACAUUGAUAGCUAAUUUGAAAUACUUGACGCUGUUCCAAUAUAUCAAUAUAAAAUAUGUUCCACCAAUGUUGAGGGUCUUAAUGGUAAAUCUCGUCGGUUUCGCGUGGGUUGUUUAUCUCGCAAAUAAGAGAGCGAAAGCUUUAAAAGAGAAUUAAAAGAAUACAAUUAAUUGCAAUUGUUAUUGUAGAUAUUUUUGUAUAGUAAGUAUUAAAAAUAUGGUAAUGUGCUUUUUUCAAAUGUACAGCAAACAUAAUACAUUCCAUCGUUAGAAUUUGUUAAUGUUUAUCUAAGAAAUAUAUAGACGAUAUGAUCUGUAUGAUCUACAUUUACAUAAAUGUAAUUAAUAUUUUUUUGCAAUCAUAUAGAUGUUUUGAUAUAAAUAUAAGAGAAUAUAUAUACAAAUAAGAAAUAUAAAGAUUUACAUGCCAA